CCUGUCCCCAGGCUGUGUGGGUUCGAGUUCCUCUCUAAGUGUCCUCCCUGUCCCCCAGGCUGUGUGGGUUCGAGCCUUCUCUAAGUGUCCUCCCUGUCCCCCAGGCUGUGUGGGUUCGAGUCCCUCUCUAAGUGUCCUCCCUGUCCCCCAGGCUGUGUGGGUUCGAGCCUGUCUCUAAGUGUCCUCCCUGUCCCCCAGGCUGUGUGGGUUCGAGUUCCUCUCUAAGUGUCCUCCCUGUCCCCCAGGCUGUGUGGGUUCGAGCCUGUCUCUAAGUGUCCUCCCUGUCCCCCAGGCUGUGUGGGUUCGAGCCCUUCUUUGACCCUCGGGGGGACCAGUACAUGUACAGCAGGAUCCUGAACUGUGACUAUGAGUUUGUGUCUCCGUGGUGGGACGAUGUGUCUCUCAACGCCAAGGACCUGGUCAGUAAGCUGAUCGUCCUGGACCCCCACAAGAGGCUGAACGUGCGCGAGGCGCUGCAGCACCCGUGGGUGCUCGGCAAGGCCGCACGCUUCUCCCACAUGGACACAGCCCAGAGGAAGCUGCAGGAGUUCAACGCUCGCCGCAAACUCAAGGCCGCCAUGAAGGCCGUGGUGGCGACCAGUCGGAUGCAUGAGAGCUCGCGGCGCCGCACCGACAGCUGUGACAUCCCCGGCUCCGGGACGUCCCGUCAGAGCAGCAUGCAGCAGGACCCGCCCCCUGAGACUGCCAGCCCCGAGGCCCCGCCCCCAGACCAGCCAACGCCACCGCCGCAAGACGACCAGUCACAGCCCUCCGACAAAUCACAGCCCUCCGACCAAUCACAGCCCUCCGACCAACCAGCUCGCGGCCCGUCGUCUCCACGCGGCUCCAAACCGCCCGGCGCGCCCACCCGGCCGCCCCUGCGUGCCGACGGGCCACGCCAGGCGUCCGUCGUGCCCAAACCCGCGGCGCUGCAGCCUCGGCUGCCGCUGAAGAGCCGCUCCGUGGUGGAGCCGGCGUCCUCCAGCGCCGCCGAGGCCCCGCCCCCGAGUCCCAGCAGCCUCAGCAACGGCUUCACGCCACCGCCGCCGCUGGCCGAGCCUGCCAGCACGCCGCGGCGCUGCCAGUGAUCAGAGAUGCUCCACGCCAACGUGGCGUCGUGACUUUGCGUGAACAUACAUUACACGCCACUUUCCUAAAGCCACGUGGCGUGUUUAUCUGGACGCAUUUUCAGCUCUCCACGUGUCUGUCUACGCUGUAUUCAGCGGGCGUAAACAUCAGGGUUCAUACGUUUUGAAAAGUUACGGAAUUUAAAAAAAUGCAAAUUCCAUAACAGGCCUGGAAAGGUUUUGGAAACAUAAAAAGACCCCGAAAGUUUUGGAAAAGUCAUGAAUACAGCAUAAUAAUAUGUGAUUAAUUAAUGUAUAUUCACAUCGUCUUAACCUCAACGUUGUAUUUGGGGAGAGAUAUUAUGAAUCCCACUAAAAACCACAGACAUUAUCAUUCAUGUUAUAGAUAAACCUAUGAAAAGUCAAUAAAAAGUCAUGGAAAAGUCAUGAAAAAGUCAUGGAAAAGUCAUGGAAAA